GCCGCCAUGGGCGCGCUGUUCCGCGGCGAGCCCGUGUGCCUGGCGCAGCUCUUCCUGCAGAGCGGCUCGGCCUACGAGUGCCUCAGCGAGGUGGGCGAGCGCGGCCUGGCCGAGUUCCGAGACCUUAACCCAAAUGUAAGUGUGUUUCAGAGAAAAUAUGUGAAUGAAGUGAAGAAAUGUGAAGAAAUGGAAAGAAUACUUGGGUAUUUAGUACAAGAAAUUAAAAAAGCAGAUAUUCCACUUCCUGAAGGAGACGUUGCUCCUCCUGCCCCCUUGCUGAAACACAUUUUAGAAAUUCAGGAACAGCUGCAGAAGCUGGAGACGGAAUUGAGGGAAAUAACUAAAAACAAAGAAAAAUUGAGGAAAAACCUGCUUGAACUGACAGAAUACAAGUACAUGUUACAGAUCACACAGAAUUUUGUUAGGAGACCACCUGAGUAUGAAUCCCAUUUACAUGGAAAUUUGGAAGAAUUUCCUUCUGUAGAAAACGAGCCAUUGGUGGAUUUCAACCGCACGCACAGACUGAGUGCCUCCCUGGGAUUCAUAUCUGGGUUAGUUCACAUAGCAAAGAUUGAAGCAUUUGAAAAAAUGCUGUGGAGAGUCUGUAAAGGCUAUCCCUUUCUUACCUAUGCAGAGUUGGAUAAGGCUCUGGAAGAUCCAGAUACAGGUGAAACCACAAAGUGGGCUGUUUUUUUAGUGUCCUAUUGGGGUGAACAAAUUGGUCAAAAAGUUAAGAAGAUUUGUGACUGCUAUCGCUGUCACGUGUACCCCUACCCCGACACCACCGAGGAGCGCCAGGCCGUGGUCGAAGGACUCAAUGUUCGUAUUCAGGAUCUUGAAACUGUGCUGAAUAAAACUGAGGAAUACUUGCGCCAGGUCUUGUAUAAGGCAUCGGAAUCCAUCUAUACUUGGGUUAUCCAGGUGAAGAAGAUGAAAGCCAUUUACCACGUCCUCAACCUGUGCAGUUUUGAUGUCACAAACAAAUGUUUAAUUGCUGAGGUUUGGUGUCCAGUGGCUGAUCUCCAGAAUUUACGCCAUGCAUUGGAGGAAGGCUCAAGGAAGAGUGGAGCUACAGUUUCCUCCUUCAUGAAUACCAUCCCAACAACACAACCUCCCCCAACUUUGAUACGUACCAAUAAAUUCACCUCAGGGUUCCAGAACAUCGUUGAUGCUUAUGGAGUUGGAAACUAUGGGGAAGUUAAUCCAGCUCUCUUUACCAUCAUCACUUUCCCCUUCUUGUUUGCUGUUAUGUUUGGAGACUUCGGGCAUGGACUGCUCAUGUUCUUAUUUGCACUCCUGACAAUAUUGUAUGAAAACCACCCUAGGCUGAAAAGAGCACAAGAUGAGAUAAUGAAAAUGUUAUUUGAAGGCCGAUACGUGAUACUGUUAAUGGGGCUGUUUUCCAUAUACACUGGAUUGAUCUAUAAUGACUGCUUUUCAAAGUCAAUAAAUAUAUUUGGAUCUGGAUGGAAUGUUUCAGCAAUGUUUGAGCAGAAGGUUUGGAGCACUGAGGAUGUGAAGUCUAAUCGAUAUUUAGCCCUGGAUCCAAAUAUUUCUGGUGUCUACAAUGGAGCUUAUCCCUUUGGGAUUGAUCCGAUAUGGAAUUUGGCAAGCAACCGUCUCACUUUCUUAAAUUCAUUCAAAAUGAAAAUGUCUGUGAUUUUUGGAGUGACUCACAUGACAUUUGGAGUUGUAUUGGGGCUGUUUAACCACUUGCAUUUCAAGAAGACCUAUAAUGUUUAUUUGGUUUUUAUUCCUGAACUUUUAUUCAUGUUGUGCAUAUUUGGCUACCUAGUGUUCAUGAUCUUCUUUAAAUGGUUGGCAUACUCUGCAGAGGACUCCACUGCUGCCCCCAGUAUUCUGAUUCAAUUUAUUAACAUGUUCCUGUUUCCUAGUGCUGAAACAAAGAGCUUCUUCAGUGGCCAGAUUCCUCUGCAGAAAUUUUUACUUAGUGUUGCUUUGCUUUGUGUUCCUGUAAUGCUGCUUGGUAAACCACUUUAUUUAUACUGGUUGCACAGUGGAGGCCGAGGCAUAAGAAUGUACAGGAGUGGCUACAAGCUCGUCCGAAAGGAAAGUGAGGAAGAGCUUUGUCUCCUGUCGUGUCAUGAUCUCGAGGAAGGUGUCAAUCAUUCAGACAGUGGGCACAGAGAAGGAGAUGCAGAAGAGUUUAACUUUGCAGAUGUUUUUAUGAAUCAAGCAAUUCACACCAUUGAAUACUGUCUGGGAUGCAUCUCUAACACAGCUUCAUACCUGAGACUCUGGGCAUUAAGUCUUGCUCAUGCACAGUUAUCAGAAGUUCUGUGGCAGAUGGUGAUGAGAGUGGGUCUGCGUGUAGAUACGAAGUACGGUGUCUUGCUGCUAAUCCCUGUUCUGGCAUUCUUUGCUGUGCUGACAGUUUUUAUUCUGCUGGUCAUGGAGGGGCUUUCUGCUUUCCUCCAUGCCAUACGACUUCACUGGGUGGAAUUUCAGAACAAAUUCUACUCCGGUGGAGGAUACAAGUUUACGCCUUUCUCUUUUAAGCACAUUUCUUUACAUUUUAAUAAAGAUGGUGCAUUAUAAUUCGGCUGCUGUCAGCAGAAAUGUUUGGAAUUGUCUGCAAAUAACUGCAUGAUUGGAUCUUGCCUAUGAAUGGUUUCUUGUGGAACAAAUGAGUUUUCACUGAUUGCCUUAUAAUGCAGCCAAACACUUCUGUAAAACAUACCUCCUAUAGAAAGACAUAGCAGAUCUGGAGCAUCUUGUAAAAUAUAUAGAUAGAAAAUGUACAUUUUUCUUGAUAAACUAAUGUUGUAAAUUAAUUUUAUU